UGGCCUCGAUGUGGCCAGCUUGUGUACGUGUACGUGUACGGGAGGGGUGCCGGGGACGCGGCUGAGCAGCGCCCCCUCAGUCAGUCAGCACGUCGAGGAUAAGGUGGGAUAAAGGGAGCCAGAGGCGCGGGUGUGCGGCCGAGCAGCAACGGUGGACUGACUACUCGGCAACCAUGGCGCCAGCAGCCCUGUCCGCCCCCGUCCUUCGCGUCUCUGCCCGCUCGACGGGGACUAGGGCCGCCGCGCCCGCGCCCGCCGGCGGACUCCGCUUUGGCAAGACGGCUUGCCAGCACUCCGGCCACUCUGGCCAAGCUGUGCUGCGAUCGAAGGUGCUGCUGAGGCCCGUGGGACAGAGGAGGCGCUUAGCGCUGAGAAGCAGCGUGGAUGACUCCAAAGCCACGGAUGACAAGGUAGAGUUCGGGUACUCGAGGAAAGACGUGCUGCUGAUCGGCGUCGGCGUCACCCUCCUCGGCUACGGCCUCAAGUCCGGCCUCGAGUUCGUCGGCGUCGACCCCCUGCAAGCCGGCAACGUGGUCCAGCUGUUCAUCGUGCUCGGGAUGACGGUGGGGUGGAUCUCCUCCUACAUGAUCCGGGUGGCCAACAAGGACAUGACCUACGCCACGCAGCUCAGGAACUACGAGAAGCAAGUCAUGGAGAAACGGCUGGAGAGCCUGUCGGAGGCGGAGCUGCAGGUGCUGCUGGAGCAGGUGGAGGAGGAGAAGGAACGCCUGCCGCCGACGAGGAGGGAUCAGGGGAUCACCAUCAACAGGAAGACGGAGGAUCAGACCACUGCCAACUAAUAGCUCCUAGAACACCUCGAUCAUGAUAUUAGCCCAGUACACACUGUUAGGAUAGCUUGCAUCGAUUGAUUAUGGCCUUUCCUUUGUUAUAAGAACUCUGUAGCACAAUACUAGUAGUAGUGCUCGUAGCAGCAGCACUGAGUUAUACUCCGAUCUCCGAAGAAUAGUACCGAGAUUCACAUGGAUGAACGCGAUACAUAAAUCAACGUGACAGCAAAACUGAGAUAUUGUGUGAACCAA